CCAAAAAACGUUUCCGACGUGGGUAAUAAGCCUAAUGUCACCUUCAGCAGUGUAUUGUGCUGUUAUGUGCAAAACGUUUAAAACGUGUACGUUUUACAGCUAUAAUGUUGCUGACAAAACUUGCUUGAUUUAUUCAAAGUCCGAGAGCAGUAUGACACUUGUUACAAAUGAAAACUAUAAGAUAUACCAACCAGAGUGUACAGACUUUUCAUGUUAUAAUUGUGGAUUUGAGACGGAUGCACGAUGUAUGUUUGAGAACUCAAUUCAGGAUGAUAUUGAUUGGGAACGUAUUACUGGUAGUACCCUGUCUUCAGGUACUGGGCCCACAAGUGCAGCUGAAGGAAGCUACUACAUAUACAUAGAGGCGACAAGUGUUGCAGUAGGCGCUAAGGCUAUACUUACGAGUGAAUCUGCUAGCUUAAUGGGAACUAAUUACUGUCUGUCAUUCCAGUAUCAUAUGAUGGGAAAACCUGGAUCAUUAAAAGUAUUUGCUGGGGACAAAUCAUCUACUUUGACGAGUAUCUGGGAGAAAAUUGGAGUUCAACCCGACGAUACUCAGUGGAAGACUGCUAAUGUAGACAUACCACAAUUUAGUUAUCCUCUUAUCACCAUAGAAGCGACAAGAGGUUCCUCAUUCGAGAGUGACAUUUCUAUUGAUGAUCUUACUCUCAAUCCUGGUACAUGUAACUAGGAAACGUAAACAGAACAAAAGACAUCUUAACAGUUUAAAUUAUCGUGUUACAGAUACUUGUACAUGUACUGUGUAGUGAUUAUGUGAUAUGUAGAUAAUUUUGUACAUGACAAGAAUUUACUGAAAAGAUGAUAUGCAGUAACUUGUACGUUUUGAUUAUCAUUGACAUUCAUAAUUAGUUGAAUACCAAAAAGAAUCUAUAAUAUUAAAUCAUAUCAUUGCAGCUAUUACAAAUAAUGAAUAAUUAUUUUGAUCUCGUGAUGAUAUUCACAAUGAUGAGUACAUUAUACUGAAAACUGUGGAUUCAUUAUUAUUCGUUAAUUGACAAUUUACGUGGUUUUCGAUGGUACUAGUGAAAUUUUACACGAAGUACAAAUUUUC